GCGGAAACGUCCCUAACGUCCGUUUCUGGUCAAUAAGUUCAAGUCCGAAUUUUCAUGCUGCUCAGCCUUCUCUCAUCAUUGCCCAUUUACAAUGGAACCUGCGUUACCCACGAAGUUGAGUGAAAUCCCACAGAAGAAUAUACCCCUUAAAGUAAGAGUAGCAGGACGUGUAUCUUCAUACGACGUCAAAUCAGCCACAAUGGUUCUCAGGGAUGAAGACGAAAGUGUUCUCAUAGACAUUUCUCUCUGUCUUGACCCUUUCAAGUCUUACUCAUGGCUUCGAGAAACUAAUGCACCGGUGAUGGUCGUGGGCUAUCUGGAGCGAGUACCGGUCUCACGCAAGACUCGCACGAAAGGUCAACUUCUAGACAGCACCAAAGAUAUCAUCCUACGUGCCCUGUUAGUUCGAGAAGCCAACGAUUUGCAGUUUUCACUCUGGUAUCAAGCAAUUGAAGAACGACAGCGAUUAAAUCCAGCAUCCGAGCAUUGAUCAUCAGUGCCACUGAAGUCUAACAG